CUCCCAGUCACGUGACGCCUCAGACAGGUGCGUGUGUGUGGCAGGUAUGUCCUUUGUUACUGAAGAUGUAACCAUGGCGUCUGGGCUUUGCGGGAAAUGUACCCAGCUCCUCAACGUUUUAAGCGCUUAUUUGAGGAGAACCUGCAGAGAGCUGGAGCAAAAUAUAAAGGAAUUCAUCAAAGAAGUUGCCCGGUGCACCUGCCUGAGGAGAGCAGCCUCGGACACUUUACAAAGGAGGAGAACACAUGACUUGUCGUUAUUACAUCACCUGUAUGAUGGUGAUGAAACUCCUGUGCUCAAUCAAGAAUGCCUACAAGCACUGAGUAGACUUGCAGCUUCAGAAGACUCUGAUCUACAACGGGCUGCAGCCAUGUGUUACUUACAUCUUAGUCAUCAUUUGGAGUCUCCCCUCCCUGAUGCCUUCAUGGAGCCAUUCAUGGCCUUGCUUCUCUCCACCGAUCUGGAUGUGCAAAAGACCAUUUCUCUGUCGCUGGUCAAUUUGCUAGUAAAGAAGAACGUGUGCAAAGAGUUGGUGAUUGAAAUGGGGAUGCUGGCGCCCCUGUUGGAGAUGUUCCAGUCUGGCGAUCCCACCGCUCAGUGUCACUCUUGUGCAUGUGUCGCUGUGCUGGCCUCCUCAGAGUCAAAUCGAGAGGCUAUCGUGGCUGAUGGAAUCAUACCGCUGCUGGUUUUAGCAAAGUCCUAUGAUCCCAAGGUGCAACAAAAUGCAGCUUGGGCCCUAUUAAAUCUCACACAAUCAGAUUGGUCAACACGAAUCUUGUGUCAAGUGGGAGCGAUCCCUGUCCUGGUGCUUCUGCUACAAUCCUCAGAUUCUGAGGUUCAGUUUUACAGCUGCUCUGCUCUUUGCAAUAUCGCCGCCGUCCAAGAACAUCAUCCAAAGUUGCUAAGCAUUGGGAGUCAUUUUUUGUUGAAGUCUCUGUUGACUCUCAUGUCUUCCUCUGUCCAAAAGAACUCAGCCCAAGCUUGCAGAUGCCUACAAAGCCUCUCAAAGAACGUUCUGAUCCAGGAGCAGCUGAUGGAGCUUGACUGUACAUCACCUCUGAAGGCACAGCUGAACUCCUCCACUUCUUCAUGGACUGAGUCGGCAAUUACACUGCUGUCUACACUGUCUGCACACUCGCCAAAUAAUGAGGUCCUGGUGGGUGAGGGACUGUUGGAUGUGAUAGGACAGCUGCUCCAUCAUCACAGCUCCAACUCUGCUAUUAUCACACACAGCUGCACCAUAAUCACCAACCUGUGUAGCUCCUGCAUGGGUCAGCAGGCUGUGAUGGAAAGUCAGUGUUUAUCAGGACUUCUCUCAGUCCUUGUGUCUCCACUUAUGUCAGAGGAGACCUUGCUGUGUGUGACAUCGUGCUUACAUCAUUUGAUGACCCGGGAUUCACUUAAGUCUAAUUUGUCAGCGGCAAUAACAUCGGAGCAAGUUUCAGGACUUGUGAAGUUGUCUGGAGAAACAGCAAAUCCACAGCUGUCAUACAAUUCUGCCGCCAUCAUAAGCAAACUACAAAUGAAUGGGGAAAUCAUCCAGUUACUGAGACCUCACUACAUGGCCGUGUCAGCAUACCUGUUGCCAUUUCUCAAAAAACAGGAUGUCAGUUUCCAGCAGCUUGGCAUAGUAACCAUACUCAACCUUAAGAAAGAUGGAGAAUUUUCAGCUCUGUUGGCCGGCAGUGAACUGGAGACCCAGCUUUGGAAAGUGCAUGCGCAGACGGAGGAAACAAGACGGCUACUGCAAAUGAUUCAGCUGCUUUCUCCAUCUCCUCUUAACCCUUCUCUCACUCAGUAAAUACUGAGAUGUGCAUACUGUGAACUGUAUCAGCUGUUUAUACUGUUUUCUCAUUUUUCAUGCUGCAUUGAUAAGCAGACAUUUUAUAUCAUGUUUGAUGCCUUAACACACUUGUUUUACUCCAUAUUGUUUUUCAUGUCAUAAUUCUAGUCAGCGAAUGAACUGAAAAGAGGAGUCAGACACGCUGCAUAACAACUUUAAUCAAAGAUGGCAUAUAUUUAAACUUUUAAAUAGGUUAACAAGGGUUCGUUAUAAGCAGUACUUAAACUACAGGAUCAAAUAUUGAUAAUUGGAUACAUUGUUUUUAUAAUUUUUACUUUUUUAUUUCAAUAAAUUGACUUAACCCAUA